UGUUUUUAAUCUAACUGAAAUCUUGGAAAUUCGACUUGUGUAUCGCGAAAUAAGCAAAAAACAAAGGUUUUAAUCAAUUUUACGACCAGAAUUCAUUAAUUAAUCGCGUUUUAAAAUUAUCAGUUGUUCUCUUUAAUCUCGGUAUUGUUUCCAAAUUGUGUAUCACGUUGUUCUAUGCAGUUCGUUCGUCAAUCGAAGACCAUCUCAUUUGAAAUCACGAGUUCGAUAAACACAUUUUUCUAUUUCCGAUUCGUGUAAUUAUUAUUGCUGUGAACUUACUUCAUGAAGGAGAUCGAUCGUUCCAUUGAAAAUGUAAUUAUUUCAUCGUCUACAUUGGCAUAAUCAUGUCCGCCAAAUGCAGAUCUAGAUCUAGCUUUGAAGAUAGUUGCACCAGCGAAGAUGAAUUAACGGAUGAUUCGAACGGUGGAGAUGGAGUUACCAGUAGCUGGUCAGUUGCGUCGCAAACUGGCCAGUCAAGAGGAAGGGCCACCACUUCGGGUGUGAUCAACAAAGGAAGGUGGACCAAAGAAGAGGACGCUAAAUUGAAACAGCUCGUCGAAGAAUAUAACGAAAGGUUCGACCUUAUUUCCAAACAUUUCCCGGAUAGGUCAGACAUCCAAUGUCAGCAAAGGUGGCAAAAAGUUGUCAAUCCGGAGCUGGUAAAAGGACCGUGGACUAAAGAGGAAGACGACAUGGUGUUAGAACUGGUCGAAAAAUACGGACCGAAAAAAUGGACCUUGAUAGCCAGACAUCUAAAGGGUAGAAUCGGAAAACAGUGUCGAGAACGGUGGCAUAAUCAUCUGAAUCCGAAUAUCAAAAAGACCGCCUGGACGGAAGAAGAGGAUAGGAUAAUUUACAAUGCUCAUAUUAAAUGGGGCAAUCAGUGGGCCAAGAUCGCCAAAUUGCUGCCUGGAAGAACCGAUAACGCAAUCAAAAAUCACUGGAAUUCGACGAUGAGAAGAAAAUACGACGUAGAUGAGAAAAACGACAGUGGCAGAGGUGCCAGUAGGCUUAUACCUAGAAGAAUGACGCAGUGCAGAUCUCAUCUAACAGCAGCUCAACAGAAUUUACAAGAUGUUAUUCAUAAGACGAAAGCUGAAUUGAAUAGGAAAAACGAAUAUCAGUCUGAUAGUCAUGCCGAAUUCAACAAUUGGCACGUACCGAGCUACGAUCAAGAAUCUCCAACAAAGCAACAGCCUCCUCCUACGUCCGAUUAUGUCGUCGUGAAUAUACCUCCUCCAGCUACUCCUUCGAUAUCAUGUGAACAGAAAAACAUGACAAAGUACGGUUACCAUUUAAAUACUAACUUCGAAUCACCUCCUAGGCCAGCCAGCGUACCUUUGGUGACGUCUCCUUCAUUCAGCAGUGCCCUAAAAUAUUGCAACAUCGAUACGAAUUUCAUCGUGAACGAGAAUCCCGACUAUAGACCGAUCAACAUGUUUAAUUCACCCGACGAAGGUUUCGGCGAAUUGAACGUAUCAGGAUUGUUGAGUUCGCAAGAAGAAUACAUCUUACCACACAGCAUGACUCCGGAGAAAAAAGGUUACCAGCAAGAUUUAAUAAAGCAAUUAAACACGCCACCUCAUAUUUUAAGAAGAUGUAAUCUACGAGCUGUACGUAGAAGAAGCUUAUCCCAGUCUUUGGAUUUGUCUCCGGAUAAAAAUGUCAACGAUGUUAGCUUGCAUGAAAGCAAACCAGGGUCGUUCUUAUUGAAUAUACCAAAAACACCGAUCAAAUUCACCACUCCAGUAAAACAAUUACCUUUUAGUCCGUCUCAAUUCUUGAAUAGUCCAAGUUUGAAUUUAUCGUUCGACGUGAGUCUGGCAUCAACUCCGGUCAGUCGUCGUCUGCUGCAAACGAACGAAGAAAACACGGAUAAAAACAGCCCAGGUGUUCUCGUCACGCCGAAUCCGAUCAAUAUGAAUAUCAAAAUCGAAAAAGAAGACGAACCCGAACGAAACUGCGUUACUCCUCCACCGUCCAUAAAAUAUCAAACAGAUCCGCAUACACCUACACCGUUUAAAAAAGCUCUAGCCGAGUUUGGCUAUAAACCAUUGGCCCAGUCACCGAAUCGUUCGAUCGACGAUAUCACCGACUUGAUCAAAAGAGAACAAGAUUUAUCAGAUUUCACCGACUGUCGAUCAUUGGCCACCAAUCAGUAUUGUAUACAGGAUACCGAUACCCACGAUAGCGGUUACGUAAGUAAGAGGAAACAAAACGGGUUACAUUGCGCGACAGGCAAAGAAAACGCAUUACCUCAUAAGAAAGUUCGCAAAGCUCUUAAUCCCACCUGGAAUUCAAUGGCACAAGUCCUAGGUUCCACUAACAUGCUCUCGGAAACUUCAAGCUUAGUCGAGACACCGAGCAAAUCACUUCUGCACUCGGAUUCGUCCGUUUUAUUUUCUCCAUCAUCGAUCGAAAAACACGUCGCACAUAUUGCAGAUCAACCAUUUAGCGAACACAGGAUUUCUUGCUCGAACGAGAGAACUCCGCAGUCUUCUUCGUCGAAGAAUUCUUCCCCCUGCAACGAUGUCGUCGCAUCCGAUUCAUCAUCACCAAAAUCAACUCAGCAACACCAAUUUAGCCGCGUUGCCAGACGCAUACAAUUCGAUACGCAAUGCCCCUCAGAUGACCGAACAACCUCAUCAGAAAAAGACUUUGACGGAGACGACUUUUUACCAAAGCUGGAUGAUAUGAAAUGGGAGAUCGCAUGUGGCAGAACCAAAGACCAACUCGAGAUGACUCGUCAGGCUUAUAAAUACUUAAAAAGUACAUCUUCCAAUUACGAAAUUUAUUUGCCAAACAGCGUUACUUUUCGCUCGGAAAUCAAUGCCGGAUCUUGACGUCGUCGUCGUCGUCGUCGUCGUCGUAGUAUAAUAAUUUGAAGAAAAUUUUCCAGUGACCUGGUCAUCGUGACGUGAGAAUCCGAGUCGGUUAUUUUUGUUGUUAUUUUUAGUCUAAGAAUGAGUUUUUUGUGUGUCGUUGUGAAUACCUAUAUAUCCGUUCGUUCGAGAGUAAAGAUGAUACAAAAUGUGUAAUUUCAGAAAAAAAAAAUAAUUGGAAAAUUGAAAAACAUUCGUAUAUUAUACUAUUAAGUAUCGUCUUCCUCAUCGACGUCCAAAAACGGUGUAUUAUUUUAAAUUGUGAAUUAAUUUUCUCCUUUUUUUUUAUCGUUUAUAAUUAGUAUAAGUUUAGUAUCGAAGUGAUGAAAAAAUAUCAAGAAAAAAAUUUUAAGAUUCGACAAAAUAUGCAAUUUUUUGUCCCAUAUGUUUUUUUUUUAAUUUUAUGAUUUUUUUAAAGAGUUUUUUUUUGCAUGUUAAUAUUUUUUUAAUCGUUUUUUUCCACAUUUUUCCUGUAUAGUGAAUGCAGGAUUUUACUAUGUAUAAUGUAUGUAUAUACUUGUAUGUGUGUGUGUUUUUUUUAAUUCGAUAUUUUCUGUGUGAUACUUCUUCGCAGCGGUCUUUAAAUCCAAAGUUGUUAAAAAAGAAAUGACCCGUGUCGAAGACCAACACAAGUUAAAAGUUAUAAUGUAUAGUUUACGUUAUCAUGAUACGGAAAUAGUUAUAGAGAAAACUUAUUUUAAAAAUGGGUGGUGAAUUUUUUUUAAAAUUCGAAACAUUUUACUAUUUUAUCCUUUCUACCUCAUCACGUCGAACUCCAUCGUGUAUUAAAUGGGAUUUUCACAUCGUUAUUAUUUUUUAAACAAAUAUUUGUACGAAUAUCAUGAUUUUUUUUAUAACGCAGUUUCGUAUAAUUUUUAUAGUGCUCUUUAUGAAAGACUGAAACAUUCAAACUGCCUGAUUUUUUGGAGGUUUCUUGAAAGAAGUAUUUUUCAAUUUAUUCGAGUUUACAUCUUUGGAUAAGAUUUUGCAAUUUUUUCGGAAACAGGAUUAUUUAUAAUAUUAGUGAUUUUUAAUCCUAAUGUUUUUUUUUUUUUUUUUUUUUUUAAUCGUUUACGAAAAGUUCUGUAAUUGAGUGAUUUAAAUCGCUGACUCUACUUUUAAAAGUCUGUUCAGAUUACUUAAAGGGUGAUUGUUUUUUCUUAGUUAUGUUUCGAUCGAAUUUAUCUAUCUGGUGCAAGGGGUGAGAUAUUUUUUUUGCACGAAAUUUCUAAUUUAAUGAAUGAGUGAGGCAAACCAACCGGAAUUGGAGAAAGAAACGUACCUGGAGUUUUGCUCGUUUUUACACAGAUACCGGUGAUAAUAUUAUAGUUAGAGUGGAAUUACCGUUGUAAUUUAUUUUUUUUAAUGUAUUUUGAAAUUUGAUGUAUUUUUUUCUUUUUUUUUUCAUUUUUAUUUUCAAUUUUUGAUAUUUUCUAUGUGUGCUUUUAUUAUAAAUUGUAUAACAAUGACGACUUACAAUUCGUAACGAACUUACGUUUUAUUUAGACUUGAAUUAUUUUCAACGUGUUUCGAAUGAAUCGCAUUUAAUGUUGUCUUGUUGAGUCAAUAAAAUUUAUGUAAGUAUGUAGUA